GUAUUAAAAUAUCAUUGUCCUUUAUAAAAAUUGAAACAAUUCUUUUUCGUUAAAUUGCAGUGUUAGUAGGAAUUUGAUGUGCCACGCUGCACUCAGAUUGUUAACUGACGUGGCUGGCCCUUCGUUGCCAGGGUUCUCUUUUUGCUUUCGUUGCUUAAGAACAGCUUGUCGGAACGAUGCUCGGUUUCGACGGCGAUUCUGCUGGUCGGAGCACCAGAACCACCACUCGGAGGAGCACAGGUUACAAUUGCAAGCCUUUCAUAUUCUUCAGGCAAUGAAGAUAGGUUGAGGUUUAAUUUUGUUAGAGUAAGUGGUGAAAGUGAAUAGUAAAGUGAAAAUCAGAACCAGGAAAUGCAAAUGGAAGCUAGGGUUGGAGUGGCGGUGGACGGUGGUGUACGGAAAUUUGUCGCUGAUUAACAAUUUGUUGUCCAACCAUAUAGCAUAAACGGAGAGAAUUCCACUGUCUAAGCAAAAACCAUGGCCACUUGUUCACUCAUUUCCACGCGCUUCCAUUCUCCUUCUUCUUCACUCUUUCGUUCUUCAACCAUCAAACCCAGCACAACAAUUCACCUUUCCAAAACCCUUCAUCUUCACACUCCCAACCUUUUCCUCCUUCGCCUCCCAUCACCAAAACUCACAAUACCCCUUUUACCCAAACUCUCCAUUCCCAAACCUCUUCUCCUUCUCUGCACUUCCCUCGCCCUCUCCUUCACUCUCCUCGUUUCCAACGCCGACUCCGCCGCCGCCUUCGUCGUCACCUCGCCGCGGAAGCUCCAGUCCGACGAACUCGCCACCGUUCGCCUCUUCCAAGAGAACACUCCCUCUGUUGUCUGCAUAACCAACCUUGCUGUCAAGCAGGAUGCAUUCACGCUGGACGUCUUGGAGGUUCACCACCAUCACAACCAUCACUACUUCUCGUCGCUGAUCUACCAGGGCUCCGUCACCGGCGGCUUUUCCAACGGCGGUGGAUUCUCUGACUUUUGCAUUCCAGCACGAAUUCAGGGUGAAGAGGAGCAGGACAGCGUAUCCGGCAAGUCGUCCUCUGCUUCCUCAAAUUCUCGCCAUUGGUUAAAAACACAUAAAAGAUCUCAACUUUGUUCUUCCCGAGUUCUUUCUCACGAACCAAAUCUUAAAAUCUCAACAGUGUUCGUCCUUUUUCGUUCCUCUUACUUGGUAUUUUUUGUAAAUGUUAUUUUAGGGCUUGUGGGUUGCAUUGAAGAUGACUCAGUUGAUAAAGAGAACAUGCUUCUGGAAUAUUAGGCUGAAUGAAUUUUCAAGUUGCAAUGGGAAUUCAAGAGAGUAAGGUUUGGAUCUCAAGAUGUGUUGGUUUCAAUGGCCUAUGCGGUGGGAAUGAAGAAAAUCUGAGCCAGAUAUUCAGAUCUACGAAUCUCUCGUGAUGUUUUAUGUGUUUUUCCUUUUUUUUAUUUAAAAAAAAGGAAAAUGUUACUUUAACAACGCUAUUUGACAACAAUUUUGACAACCAUGGCAUGCUGUGAUUGGUUCUUUUAAUUGAAUUUUUUAAAAUGAAAAAUCCUUAGGAGAAGGGCAUUUGUGGAAAAAGGUUUGUUGGAAAUGAAUUGUAUUGGCGCCACCGAUACGCUUUCUUUCCACGACAACACUUAUUUUUUUCCAGGAAACCAAACUCUCCCUCCAGCAUUCUGAAAUGUUUGCACGCCACCGAAAUCGUGUUCGUGCAUAUUCGUCCACCAUUGAAGUAUUGAAGUUGCAUAUUGAACGCUAGCAUUGUCAACUGUUGUCGGAAGGAGAGGUUCUUUUUUUUAUCUUAUUUCAUCGUUGAAGACAUUAAUCGAAAGGUUUCGUUAUUUUCCCCUUUUGAACGCUCUCACGUCCGUCCGCCAUUGAAGUGUUGGGAGGAAGUGUGGAAAGGGGGCUAGCAUUGACUUGAUGUAUUUAAAAAUUUGUCAAUAUUGUACAAAGUUAUAUGAAAUGAGUACAAAGUUGGUAGCCUAUUGUUUGAACCAAAGCAAGGUGUGGGGAAUUGUGAGAAAUGUGCCUUAGGAGACUGUGUAAUCGCUUACAUGAUAGCUGUAAUCGCUUACCAGAGAAAAUAUUAAGUUUUGUACCGAAAGUUGGUGGCUGCUCCCUGGGUUUUUUGGAGUUGCUCACA